UGUCAAAGCAGAGCUGUCAUAAAUAUAACCUCUUCAGCAGCAAUGACUUGAAGAAGUCUAUUUAUUUUCCACCAAAACUAUGUUUUCCAUGUGAAAACAACGUGAUUUAGUUUAGAAAUCUUCAAAACUAACGCCACCUGAGAUGGGUGCUUUAGUUACGCGAGCGAUAAGGCCUUUAAAGGCGUUUAACAUCGAAAACCGUGCUCAUCGUGUGAUAUCAAAAGAAAAACCGAUACCAGCGCCGAAAUAUCCGCAAAACCUUGAAGAUAUCAAGCGGGCGGAGGCGGCCGACCCUCAUUUGGACGAGAAGUUGGAGACAAAAAACGAAGAACUGGACGCUAGACUUAGAGAUAUUUAUGUAACGGCGACAGGGCGGCCCGAAGAUGACAUUACCAGGGAAAAGCAGAAGAGGAAUCCUAACAGGCCUCUGCCCGAGGAUCGGAAGAUGGUGGAAGACUACGAGUUAGGCUUCAAAGAGCCUGAGAGGAUCCCGUAUGGUCGGACAACACUGAGGCAUGCAAUCACAUUCAUAUCUGCACAUCAGAUGGACCCUGAAGAAGCAACAGCAGAGAAGAUCGCGAAUGAGUACAAACUGAAGAAGGAAGACGUUGACAAUAUACUCAAAUACUAUAAGUCGUACGAAGUUUACAUACCAGCAACAAAGUCGACCCCGGCAGUCUUCGCCGGCCCUGCAUCGAUGAGAAAACAGUUCACUGAAUAUAAACUCAAUAUCAUUGACGGUAAAAGCGAGUCAACAAAGAAAGAAACAGAUUCAAAUAUAGGAAAAAUAGAGUUUCAGAACAAAAAUUGAUUUUUUUGUUUAUAGGUAGUAUAGUUAAUUUUAUUAAUGUUGGCUCUUGUGAGUAAAGUAUUUCCUUUAUCUUAGCUGGCAGUUGUAAAAUAAUUGAGGCACAAAACCUUCUAAAAAAUAGAUAUUUAUUUACUGAUACAUAAUAGUAAUAUUAACGAUAUGGCUGCUUUUUACUUUAUAUACUCUUCUAGCCCUUCUGUCUGAAAUAACAGUACAAUUAAAAAGGUAUAUUUCACAUUAAACAUUAUAAUAUUCAUAAUUUAAAGUAGUUAAUGUAUUCAAAAUAUUGAAUCAUUUUAAUUUGGAUUAUGAAUCUUAAGUUUUGCAACAUUGUCCACAUUUUCAUUUAUCCCUAAUUACACUGCUGUAUACACAUAUUUUUGAACUUAUUUCAUUGUGACAAUGAAAAAUAUAAAUAAAUAAAGGAUUGUGAUCUAGCUGUAGUGUAGAUGAAAUGAAUUAAAAUAUGUUUUGUUUA